AUGGAAUCUGACGUCAUUUCAUACAAUUCAUUAAGGACAAAAAGCGUUUAUACAGCAUCCAAGAAUUUCCAGAAAGAUGGAAUAUCAGAAAACAGAAUGUACCAAACACCUUUCAAAGCAAAGAAUUCAGAUGAGAAAAGUGACGUGAUGUUAUUUGCAUAUGCACGAGGAGGAUCAACGUACGUAGGUCACAUGCUUGGACAGCAUGAACAUUCGUUUUAUUUCUACGAACCUCUGUUCGACGAAGAAACACGUCACCAAUACUGCAGAAAUGGAUCGGUGUGUGAAUUCAAUAACCCCUCUUGCAGGCCGGUUAACACGAAUAUAAUGAAUAAAUAUUUAGAUCAAAUAUCAUUAGUAUAUCAGUGUGCAGAUAAUGUAUUGAAUAGAACCAGGCAGUGGCAGCGAAUUUUCGGAGGUAAGAAAUGGAACCGGAAAGAGACUCGUCAAAUGCAUUGUCUCCGGUCGCAACUUCGAGUAGCCAAAGUGUUGCGUAUUGCAGGAGACUUAUUGGAAAAUUUAUUAGUUAAGAACUCAAAGCUUAAAGUGAUAUAUUUAUACAGGGAUCCAAGGGGCAUUAUUAAUUCAAGAUUAAAAGCAUGGGAAGAUUUUAAUACAACUGAAGAUAUAGCUUUUGCCGUUUGUCAGAAAAUGAAUAUUGAUUCGAAAAACAUAUUUAAUUUAAAGAAAAAAUACCCUGAAAGAAUAUUCACUGUAGCAUACGAAGCUGUAGCCAAAUAUCCACUAAAAAGCGCAAGAAAUUUAUUCAAAUUUUUAGAUGUCAAUGUAUCAAAAGAAUAUCAAAAUUUUAUUUCCAAGAUGGGAAAUAGAAGUGAAAAGGAAGAUAAAAAAUGGAAUUCAGCUUUCCGAUCAGAUGGGUAUGCGACAGCAGUAAAAUGGAGAAAAGAACUGUCAAAGAAAGACAGGAAAAUUAUUGACAUAUCGUGCAGAAAUGUUUAUAAACAACUCGGAUAUCCCUGAUAACGUCUUGAGAAAGUGCAUAUCACGUAACUAAUAGUGUGAAAAAACCUAGCAGUUUAUUUAGGUUGCUAGGCACAUCAUUUACGCAUAAAUAAGAUAUUGUGUACCAGUCAGAUUUACAAUUAGACAAAUCUUAGGUGGUUAUUUUUUCUUUUAGUUUGCAAAGUAUACUCGAUUCAACUAAAUUUUUUAGUAAAAGUUAAUAAUGUGUUUUUGUAUUUAUUGAUCCUUUACCGCGUUGUUUCAUCUAUUUGUUCGGGAGGUCGA